UGCACAUUCAUUUCCACUCAUAUACACGCGUUUUGUCAGCUCAAUGUUGUAUUGAUUGCGUUGCUCACCUUUGAAAAAGAGUUUGGGAAGAUGACAUCGCACAGGCGUUUCUUUUUAAAGGCUUUUUGUACGGUGGUGGCGUUGUGUGACCGCAGCAGACUUUGAUGUGUGUGUGUGUUUGUACCAUUUUAAUCAAUGACACCAUAAUAAUGCAGUUUUUUAGCAUAUUAGAUUAGCGACUGAACAUAAUUUUGGAGUGCCGUUGUGUUGAUGUGAGUGUGCAACAGUAUAUGAUAGCAAUAUACGGUAUAAUACCAACUUGAACAAAGCAUUGUUUGGAAAUUCAAGCAAGAGUUUUUUUAUUUCCUGAAAAGUUGUUAUUCUGGAGGUGGGGGGGAUUACCCCCGACAACUAUGACAUAUGAGCAAAUAUGAGUAAAUACUGCCACUUUACAAUAUAGUACAUUCCUUUGUCAACACCUGCUAUGCAGUGACGUGACGCCAAGACAUGGGGCCGUAUCGAUUUUUGCAAUUAAAAAAUGGCCGUUCCCAAGGCAAUAAGUCAGCCAGGGCAACCGAUUGCGCCCAAAAUUGAGUUUUAUUAUUGGAAAUGACUGCCAAUUUUAUUUUCUUGAGCAAAAAAUACAUAGAGAUAUUGUUAGUGAAGUAUAGGUCAUCUUGACGCUAUAGGUUGGUACAAAACAUAUCAAAAUCAUGACGACAUUCAUUUGACCUUGUCCUGUAAUGCAGAGUGGCUCCACCUGGUUGUGCUGUAAUGCCCAGUGUUUCCACCAGGUAGCGCAGUAGGUACAGUGAUACAUUGACUUGACUUUGCCUGUUCUGUUUUUACUCUGCUACUGCUCUGAACCCUUCUUCAACCACGAGUGAGCCAAAGAAAAGAAAAGUAGACAGUGCGUGCUGAGUGACUGGACUAUUAAAUACUUUUUCACUGAAUUCUGGUCAAAGGCUGUAUGUCUAAUUUGUUAAGAAACCAUUGGGUUUUAGAAGAAUAUGACAUCAGCCGUCACUUUUCUACCAAGCAUGCUGAUUAUGCUAAGAACCAGUCAACACAGGAACUGAUGGCUAUGGCUCAGCAGUUAAAAUCAAGUUCGCAGGCUCAGCAGAACACCUUUAUCUGAUAAACUGCCAUCCAAGAUUCAGUCACACGAGACCCUGAAACAGCGCCACGGGAGCUCCAGAUGGAACUGAUUGAUCUCCAAUGUGAUACUGUCUUAAAAGAGAAGUUCAACUCUCAAACUGGAUGAGUUUUAUGCUUCAUGAAGCGCAGGCAAAUUUCCAAAAAUCGGGAAGAAGGCACAAAGGAUGAUGGUGGUGUUUGGCUCUACAUUUGUGUGUGAACAGACUUUUAGUGUGAUGAACACCAACAAAACAUCCUACAGAUCCCAGCUGAGUGAUGAACACCUCAGAUGUGUUCUGAGAAUUGCCACAAUAAAACUAACACCAGACUUUGAUGCACGGGCAAAAAAAGUUUUUAACACAACGAUGCCGUAUUUGUUUGUUUAUUUUUUAAAUGUAAGCAUCAGUUCCUGGCUUGGCCCGCCUGUCAAAUUUUAAAAGUCAAUGUUAGCCAAAACGUUUGCCCACACCUAUAUGCUAUACAGUAUUCUUUUUCUGAUAUCAGAUUUGUAUUCUCUCAAGUUGUUAAUAUAUUCUGAACUUUCAUCCUUCUUCUGCACAUUGGCCAAUCAGUCUCCCCCAAAGUGGCUUCAAAGAUAAAAAUAGCUUUUCUUUCUGACGUGGUGGAUGACUCAUGCAGCGUCUUGCUGCUCUCCCCGUGUCUAUGCACCAUCGCUCUCUUCUACCUCAAUUUCAGUGGCAACGUUAGUCGAAAACCAUGUAAUGUACAGUAUAACGUUAAAAAGUAGAACUUUUCUAAACAGGUCAGCUGAAAAAUGUAUAUGUGCUAUAGGUGAUUUACAGUCGUUGUACUGACACCCAGCCUCUGAUGAUUAACAAAAUUAAAUCCUAAAAUGUUAUCCUUCAUUGUUAAAUUUACAUACUGUGCCAUCCACCCAUUUCUAUACUGCUUGUCCUCAUUAGCUGGAUCUUUUCCAGCUGCCUUUGGGUGGGAGGCAGGGUACACCGUGAACUCGUCGGCAACCAGUCGCAGGGCACUUAAGAUAAACAGCCAUUCACACUCACAUUCACACUUACAGACAAUUUCAAUGAACCUAACAUCCAUGGAAGCCGGGGUACCCAGAAAAAUCUUUCACAAGCAUGAGGAGAACAUGCAAACUCCACACAAGAAAGCCAGAACUGCGAUUCGAACCUGAAAUGUCAGUACAUACGAAGCAGACAUGCCUCGUACGCCAACUACUGUAUAUAUAGCGAAAAUAAAAAAUAAUAAUUAACCAGCUUUUUAUUCAAAUGUUUAAUACGGGGCGGCACGGUGGCCGACUGGUUAGAGCGUCAGCCUCACAGUUCUGAGGACCGGGGUUCAAUCCCCGGCCCCGCCUGUGUGGAGUUUGCAUGUUCUCCCCGUGCCUGCGUGGGUUUUCUCCGGGCACUCCGGUUUCCUCCCACAUCCCAAAAACAUGCAUUAAUUGGAGACUCUAAAUUGCCCGUAGGCAUGACUGUGAGUGCGAAUGGUUGUUUGUUUCUAUGUGCCCUGCGAUUGGCUGGCAACCAGUUCAGGGUGUACCCCGCCUCCUGCCCGAUGAUAGCUGGGAUAGGCUCCAGCACGCCCGCGACCCUAGUGAGGAGAAGCGGCUCAGAAAAUGGAUGGAUGGAUGUUUAAUACGGGUAUAGCAUGGAUACAGCAAACACACAGAGAAGCGGUGGGAUGGAAGUGUUCCAACGAAUAACUGCCUGUUUGAGUUUUAUUUAUUGAGUGUUUUGAAUGAGUCAUUGAAUUAGAUAAAAAUUACUUGUGAGCAUAUCUUUUUUCGGUGUUAAAUCUUCAUCAUCAUGAUCAUUAUCAAAUGAGUGUUAGUUUCCAAACACUCCAGGAGAGCAGCUGCUGACAGAAGAGCUGCUUGAGUUGAGCCACUUCUUGAGAGAGAGAGCUGCUCGAAGACUUGAGAUCGAUGUUCUCAGAUGGAUCCCUCGAAGACGGAUUCUGAUAUUACUCACUGGACCACACCACCUGACCGUCAUCCGGAUCCUCUCGUGCUGCAUGCGGGUGAUUCCUCUCGUACUCGUUAAGCUCAACUCUGGCUACAAGCCGUCCAGUGAGUGUACGAUCUGACGGUGGAGACAUCUCGCUGCCAGCUUCUGGGAGCUUUGAAGCGGAGCUUGUGUGGGAGGCUCUUAAAAGUGUCAGGUGAUUUUGGGAUGUUUUCAUCAGGACUGUCAUGCAAUCACAAGGGAUGGGGACUGUAGGCAUGCACAAAGCUCCCUUGGAAAGGAUCUAGGACAAGUGGGUUCCAGAAACUCAGUCAUGCGUGCAUUUAAACUGCACAAAGCAGACACUCCAACCUCAUCAGAUGGCAACUGAGGCUGUGUCUUUUCACAAAUGGUGCUGUGUUGUGAUGGGUGGUUGCUAGAGUAUGUCUGAUAUAGGUCUAAUGCUUUAUCAGAGCCUUACGUUGAGCUGGGAGUCAACUAAAUGAGUGUCCCAAUAGAAACAUCAGAAAAGUCCUUAACUAGGCCAUAACGGAACUUGAUGGCGAGCAGCUCAGCUCUCAGACGCGCUUUCUCCUCCAGUAGUCUGAGGACCUGCGUUUGUUUUUUCUUCUUCCGCUUUUCCCAAUAACCUUCAUCUUUCCUCUCACUUGAAAUGAACUGAGAACUGUGUUAGAUGGCAAAGCUGACACCCAGGAGGCCUCAGGUCAAAAGCCAAGAGGGGGCGUUGUGAUGACUGCACAGAGACCUGAUCGCAAGUCGUGCCCAGACACUCCCACGUCCAACUGAACCACAGGACUGCAGGCUGUGAGGGUUAGGCGUGCAGCGGUGGCAUCGCCUGGUGGCAAAAGCAAAUACACACGCACAAGCUCAUAGAUGUAAUUUGGAGGGGAAAAAGACAUCGAAGUUGAGUCGAGAAGUGCCUCACACAGAUGGAGACGUCAUCACAGCGCGGACUCAGAGGAGGCCAUCACUACAGCAAGGAGACCCGGGACCUGCUGACAUCAAUGAUGCAGGAGUUCACGCUCAGCAACCUCCAAAAAAAGCAGAUCAAUGACUGUCUGAACAAUGGCUCAGCCUUGCCACUGACCGCUGAGCCUUCAUCAUCAGCUUCCUCUCCUCAGCCUAAAACCAGUCAACGCUCCCAGAAACCUCCCCCAGGCCGGCCUCAGAGACGGAGUGCUCUUUGUUGUCGCUCUGGAAACAGCUACGUCCGACAAAAGUUCUGUCCUGCUCCAACAAGAGACUUAGGAGAAAAAGAGAAGAGGCGGCUUCAAAACAUCUUGGCAACAGGACAUGAACAAUCACCAGAGGAUGCAGCCUCCCAAAACGUUGCUGCAAAUCUGAAGCCUCAAGUAACUGAGGAGAUUGACCGCUAUCAGGAAGUUCUGGAUGAGAUUGAGGAAAGAAGCCAAUUCCUGUCUUAUAUGGCCUCUCUAGGACAGGACAAGCAGUAUAUCCACACCAUUAACACAGAGAUAUCACAGAAAAUCAGGGAACUGGAGAUGCUGGAUGGCGAACAUCCUGAUCAGGAAGUGAUGGUGUCUGAGCUGGGCAUGGAUCAGCGAUCGUGACAUUUGCAAGGACAAGGUCACAGUGACCAAGCAG